AACUCCGACCCUGCGAACUUCACUCAGGCGCCCGAGGGUCAUAUCAACCAGAUCACGGCAGAAGCUUUCCUGCAAUAUCACUAACAAAAAUGGCGAAUGACCUUGACCUGCUUCAGGAAAAAUGGCGCCUGUGGUUUAAGAUGUUGGACAUCAAUAAUGACGGGACGUUGUCCCUUGAGGAUUGGACUCAGGGGGCGGAGACGAUGAUCAGAGAACAUAACCUGAACGAGAAAUAUGCUGAGGUCGCGAUGGCAAGCUAUCACAGACUAGGGGCGCUACUGCUGGGUGAAAGCAUGAAGGAUAACAAAGCCGUCACGGUCGACCAGUUUGUGGACAACUUGACCUCAUUCUACAAGGAGGACAGUGAGAAAGCCCAAAAGUACAUCUUCAAUGUCAUCAGGCAACUGUUCCUCGUGGCUGAUGUCAACCGGGACGCUCUCAUUUCCCAGGAAGAGUUUGUCAUCAUGAUGAAAAGCUUCGGAAUCAAAUCCGAAAAAUCUCGUCAGUUUUACGAGAAAUUGCCUCGCUUUCAGUUAAACAAAGUUCCGAUGCAGGACGCCAUCAACUGGUGGGUGGAUGUGUGGUUUGGUACUGAUGCCGCCAGGUGGCAGACCGUAAAGCAAAUGUUCGACUGAAACUUGAGCAGGAACUGUAACAUUGUAGUUAACCAGAUGCCAUGAAACUCCUAUCACUGAUAACUAUCUACUGUCGUUAGUGGAUAUCAUAAUUUUUUUAGCGGAUGAUAUAUUUGAGAAACCGUUGGUUACUUUACAGGUAAUCGUCAUAGGAAAAUAUACAACCGCGAAGGCGAGAAGAGAAAAUGUAAAAAAAAAAAUUUUACAGGUAGUACAUUCUGAAACCCAUCAUGUAUCUGACAAAUAUGCUCAUACUAAAUCCAGACCUCACGGAACAGCACUCUUUAUAGUACACAUGAUAAACGUGGUAUUGUAGUGGGUUUUCCCCGGGCUCUGCCCGGUUUCCUCCCACCAUAAUGCUGACCGCCGUUGUAUAAGUGAAAUAUUUUUGAAUACGGCGUAAAACACAUAAAUACAUAAAUAAAAUAAUUAAAUCAGUUGCGAAUACAUUGUGUUCUAUACCAUCUACUACUUCUUUAUGGGACAGGCGUUGUAUAAUGUCUCAAACUGCCAGAAAAUAUUGGAUUCGUGAUGGGGAAUUUUAAGGUAAUUGUGUAGAGUUGGGAAACCAUAACAAACACAUAUAUGUGCACUGACUAUUGGGUACGCAUAUUUGAAAGCCAUUUGACUUUGUGUAAGUGAAUUUACAUAUUAGUAUUUGGAAGUACUGCUGACUGUAUUUAUCCAUUUGGAUCCAAUGGGGACAUUUAUUUAUUCAUAUACUAUAAAUAAAUGCAUAUUGAUCGAUGUAUUUUGGGGGUUCAUAAAUACAUACAGUACAUACUAGUCAUUUAAUUCAUCGCUUUUCAGGUGGGUGGAGAUGAACCCAUGGUACAGUAGGUCUACACUUUUCGGGGAGGGUGGAGGGUUAUGCACCUAUGAUACAGGAGGCCUACAUACAUACUGGUCACUGUA